GGUAGGGGGUUCGCUAUGUCGGAUGACGAUUCAAGGGCCAGCACCAGCUCCUCCUCACCUUCGUCCUCCAACCAGCAAACCAAGAAAGAAACAAACACCCCCAAGAAGAAGGAGAGUAAAGUCAGCAUGAGCAAAAACUCCAAACUUCUCUCUACCAGAGCCAAGAGUGCUGGUCCCAAGGGCGAUAACAUCUAUGAAUGGAGAUCAACCAUUCUGGGGCCUCCAGGAUCCGUGUAUGAGGGUGGUGUAUUCUUCCUUGAUAUCACUUUUACACCAGAAUACCCCUUCAAGCCUCCAAAGGUUACAUUUCGGACAAGGAUCUCUCACUGUAAUAUUAACCGUCAAGGAGUUAUUUGGUUGGAUAUAUUAAAAGAUAAUUGGAGUCCAGCACUAACCAUUUUUAAAGUUCUCCUUUCUAUCUGCUCCCUUCUUACAGACUGUAAUCCUGCUGACCCUUUGGUGGGAAGUAUUGCCACUCAGUAUAUGACCAACAGAGCAGAAUAUGACAGAAUGGUCAGACAGUGGACCAAGAGAUAUGCCACAUAAAUUGGGUUUUCACAAUGCUUAC